CUCGAGCGGGACUGGAGGAGUGGCAAGGACCGCGGCCGCCAUGACCAUCACCUCGGACGAAGUCAACUUCCUCGUGUACCGGUACCUCCAGGAGUCGGGCUUCGUGCAUGCAGCCUUCACCUUUGCGUACGAAAGCCAGCUCGCGCGGAGCUCCGUGGUCUCGACCGAGAUCCCGCCGGGCGCGCUCAUCUCGUUCCUCCAGAAGGGCCUUCUCUACGUUGGCAUUGAGGCGCACGUGAACGAGGAUGGCACAGAGCGCGAGUGCGACGCCGAGCUCUCGCUGCUCAACCCACACAUCUGCCGCAUCGCGCAGUCGGUCUCACGAACGAGCAGCAACAAGCCUGGCAAGCGCAAGCGCAAGGCCGACGACAUUGGCGGCGUCAACUCGCCCGACUCGGUGACCGACCCGACCACCGCGGCCAAUGCCGCCGACGCAGCCAAUCCGCCGCCGCCCAUCGAGGCGUCGCCCGACACGCUCGUCCUCAAGGGCCACGAAAAGGACGCGUUUAGCUGCCUCUGGCAACCCAUGCACAACACAUUAGUCACCGGCUCGUCCGACUCAACGGCGCGGAUAUGGUCGGUCGGCGCCUCGGACUUUACCGCGUCGACGCCAGUGCCAAGCAUCGUGCUGCCACACGGCGACGGCGCGUACAAGGACGUGACGACGCUCGAGUGGAACCGCGACGGCAGUUGCAUCGCGUCGGGCUCGUACGACGGCCACACGCGGCUUUGGUCGCCAUCCGGCGAACUGCAGUACGAAGCACAGCAUCAUCUCGGGCCCGUCUUUGCGGUGCGCUGGAACCCGUCGAAUUCGCUGCUCCUGAGCGCGUCCUACGACAGCACAGUGGCGCUCUGGGACGUCGCAGCGUCGCAAAAGGUGAGCCAAGUCCGGCUCCACGACGAAGCGGCCAUUCUGGAUGCGGCGUGGAAGGACGACAAGACGUUUGCGACCUGCUCGUCGGACACGACGAUUCGACUGACGAGCGUGGGCGAGCCUGCGCCGUCGCUCGUGUUGUGUGGCCACACGGACGAGAUCAACUCGAUCAAGUGGGACCCGUCCGGGUCGCUUCUCGCGUCGUGCUCGGACGACUGCUCGGUCAAGCUCUGGCGUCCGACGGAGACGGCGUGUGUGCUGGACCUCAAGGAACACACAAAGGAGGUGUAUACGAUCCGAUGGGGACCCAUGAGCCGACCUCACGUCCUUGCAAGCACGUCGUUUGAUACCACCGUCAAGCUAUGGGACGUGGAGGCCGGCAAGUGCCUCACGACCCACGCCCACGAGAACGCCGUGUACGCGAUCGCGUUUAGUCCCAACGGCGAAUUCUUGGCCAGCGGUUCGAUCAGCGGCGUCGUUCAAGUGUGGUCGUUGCAGGACGGAUCGCUCGUCAAGUCGUACAAGGGCGUCGGCGACAUCUUUGAGGUCAACUGGAACCACGACGGCAGCAUGCUCUCGGCGUGCUUCUCGACCGGCGAUGUGCUCGUCAUGCACUUUCGAGUCUAGUCUAGUGUAGCGUUGUAGGAUAUAUAGCAAUCACCGCCAAGAAGCAACCUUUGUAUCGUCA